UGUCUCUGACGUUAGUAACUAAUUAAAAGAAUAAAAUGUUACAUCGAGAUACUUUUUCUCAGUUUUACUUUUGAUUCAUCAAAAUGUUGUGGUCACUGUUUUUUGUACUGUAUGGAGAUGUCAUUCUCGCUCUCUUAGCAGCGUUGUCUGCAAGUUUUAGAAGCAAUGCUGAGUUUCAAAUGGAUGACGAUUCCUCAUUCAUUAAAAAUGCCGACUUCAUGUUCCCAGAAAACUUCCUUUCAAGAUAUCCGCAUGAAGCCAAUCCUUACAGACUGAAGAUCUAUGCUUAUCUCAUUUUUAACUUGCUUGUCAAAGGUUACGGUUCUGUAGAUCCUGGAAGAUUCUGGGAGGACUACAAUCGGGAUGAUUAUAAAAGGGCACUAAUUGAUGCUGUGUUUUACGAAUACCUUACUAAUUUUACCGAUAGGGAAGCUAAGGAUAUUUUAUUCGAUCCUUUGGAAAGAAAUAAAGAUUAUCCGCCAGUGUCUAUAGAUUUCUUCCAUCCUCCCUAUUUUUGGGAUGUCAGUUUAUAUCCUCCAGACUCGGAUGAAGAAGUUGAAAUAGAUCGGAUUGGCCAAUAUCUAGAUCUUUUGGCCGAGACUGAACCUGAACAGAAAAGAUUAAAGGAUGCUUACGAAAUUCUGUUGGAGGAUGAAACGUCUCCAACCUCCGAACCUCCAACAGACGAGUGUGAAACACAGAAAAUCCAAACAUCAGGAGUCCCAGGGAUGGAUUAUCCCAACUUUUGUGAUAUUCCAGAAACAUCUUUCUCUUGUGCUCAUAAAAGGAUUCCUGGAAUCUACUCUGAUUAUCAAACGGGAUGUCAGGCGUUCCAUGUUUGUUGGCCUCAUCGCACAGAUAGCUUCUUAUGCCCUAUCGGUACAACUUUCAAUCAAAGCCUUUUGACAUGCAAUAUCUGGCAUGAUACAAGGUGUUACUCUUCGCCUUUUAUUAAAGAAGUUAACCAAUUCCAAAUAGAAGGCUUCGCUUCAAAAAUGAAUAUCCCAACGUAUGAUGGAACCUGCGAAAGCCUUUUAAACAAAAUGUUACGACUUCAUCUGAAAUUCUUGCCAGCCAAAUGCGAAGUUAAAUAUAUAAACAGCAAACAAGUAGAAGUCGCGGAAACUCAUGAAACGGUUGUUAGUGAACUUGCGCUGAAGAUCGAUACAGUAUAUGAUCUGGUUCAAGAAAUGCUUGAGAUAAUUAGAGAAAUAAGAGAAGAUAUGAUUGAUGAAAUUGCGGGCAGAGGAGACGCCUGGAUUUAUCCACUUGAGAAACGAAUCGAGUCGAAAUCCACUCCGAAAUUUAGAGCCGAAACUGCGAACAAGGCUUUUGAAGUAACAAAGAAGGUUGGUCACUUCAAAUCGCCGAAAGUUACUGAACGACUAAAGCAUUCAGGAAAAGUUUCACCUAAAAUGAAGCCUAGUUAUUAUGUAACACGGAGUAUUCAUCUAAAGCCAAGCAAAUCAUUAAAUGAGAACAUAAAAAGUUCAAGAAAGCAGGCAAUACCCAAGAUUGUGAUGAAAUCAAGAUUGGGUAGUACUAUAUUAGAUGAAGGCACUCCAGUUACGAAGCAAAUGAUAAUCGACAGUUAUAGAAAAAUUAAAAUUAAGGAACACUGAUCGGUUGAUGAAGCAAAUAAAGUUAUUUUUUGCAA